AUGGCUAUGUUGAUGGAUCUGGGACUUCAUCGGGCUUCCGGUAUCCGAGGCACCACCGGGCUUCCACUCCAUUAUCUGAGAACCUUCUAUAGCGAGCCAGAGGUGCCCAGACAGCGCACAUUGGAAGAGAGAAGAGCAUACAUCGGCUGUUACCACCUACUUACAACAAUCGCCCUAUGUAACCGAGAGAUGUCCGUGCUAAAGUAUACAAAGUACACAGACGAGUGCCUUGUGACACUCGGUGAAAUGAAAGAACACCCCUCCGACGAAUACAUCGUGUAUCUGUUACGGUUACAUCGAAUAGGUGAGAAAAUUCGCCGGACGUUAUGGGAUGAUCCGAUCGAUAUCGCCUGGGGCCUAGCGGCCCCGGUGGGAAUGUGCGUGCGUUAUCUAGAGACGGAGCUUCGACAAUUCAUGGAGCUAAUACCAAUAGACUUGGCUCAGAAUACAUUGCUCCGGAGUUAUGUCAACACGCUCGAGAUAUCAUUGUACGGGAUUGCGCUGAGUGACAAUUUCAAUGACGGUGACUAUGGAGAAUAUCAAUUAACUCGCUUCAAUAUUCUUCGGUCCUGCUUGAUAGCUACCAAGGCUCUUCUUAACCAAAUCUCGGACCUUCCACUAGAAGUACGAAUCUGUACACCGUCCACGUGUUGGUCGCAGUUCGGUCAAGCGGUAGUCGUCCUCUCCAAACUGUCACUUAUGGAAAAUGAGUUGUGGAAAGGGAUAUAUGAGCAAUAUGCACUUGACUUUCCCCAGGAAAUCGAUAGAAUUGCAGAGAAAUUUAGCAAGCUAGACUCCUGGACUCAGGGCGUGGAUUCGAGACUUUUCAUUACGGAAGCAUAUUUGAAACUUGGGUCGCGACUCAAGCUGAUGAAAGAGACUCAUGAAAAAAUAAGAGUGACACAGGUUGAGAGAGCGCGCGAUUUGACAGAAGAAAAUUUUGGUCUGGAUCUUGGGGAUCUCUUACCGAUGCCAAUGCUUGAUCUCUUGGAUGGAGAAUUUUGGCAACAAGUCUUGUAA